AUGACCGCUCCUCGCUCCACCUCCCUGCGUGCUCUGCGCCAGCUGACCCAGCAACCCACACCCAUCGCUCGUCGUGGCCUUCACAUCACUGGCGUCCAGUCUGCACAACCCGCCAACCCCGCCGACAAGGCCUCCUUGUAUGCUGCCCGCACCCUGCCAGAUCUCAAGCAGGAGUGUCAGCGUCGUUCGCUCCGUGCUGCUGGCAGCAAGGCCGAGCUGAUUGAGCGCCUCUCCAACCACGAUGUCCUUCAAAGCCGGGCCUUUAGCAUCGCCAUGCGCCGCAUCAACAGCAAUGCCUUUGCCGAUCAACCAACCCGCUCUUUCAACACCUCCCGCUCUCAGAAAGCCGUCGGCGACAACUCCACCGUCGACUUCAUCUACAUGCCCGCCAUGUCCACCCUAGAGGCCCCCUCCACCCGACCCGCCUUCCCUCAAGUCCCGGUCCUUCCCGACCUAUACUCCCACCACGAGACCGCGUCCCCAGUCGCCCCACCCAUGAAGCCCCAGAUCUACACCGUCUCCGGCGGUGACAUCAGCGCUGCUUCUGCCAUGAGCGAGGUCGUGGAUAACCAUGCUGUGGAGAUUGACCCGUUCUCGUUGACGGAGGCGGUGGGGCGGAGUCGUAUUGGGGAGGAGAUGGCGCGCUCGAAUGGAGGCAGGAAAGAGCCUGGUAUGGAUACUCCUGUUUCCCGGAAGUAG